ACGGCCGCGUUGAAGAUCGUCCUGACGUCCGUCUUCAUUUGGACCACGACGUUGUUGUUGUCAACGUUCCUACCAUGUGCCAUCCUUCUUCUAAUCAACUGAUCGCGUAGGAUUUUUCGCAAAAGAAAAGUAGUCGCACCCUUGGUAGAAUAAUAAGCAACGAAAGAAGCAGCUGUCAUCUGUGUCCGAUAUAUUAAAGCAUGAUGUUGUCGACUGACCAAAUCGCGAGAACCUACUAGUACUACAGACCAACUCGUGCUGCGAACUCCUGCCUGUUCUGGGAUAAAAUAAAUGCUGUUUCAGCAGGACCACAAUCAAACUAACAGCUGUCUACGAUGCCUGGACUGUUCUGCUGCAGCAUAACAUUGGCGUCAGAGUAAUAGUGACAUUGACGGUCGAAUAUGAGUCAAAUAACUGAAGCCAUGCCACAGCUGUUACCUGUAGCAGACGCCAUUUUCUGACCCAGGGUGCAUUGCGGCCAGGUAUUCUACACCACGUUGACGUCACCUGUCACGUGAUCAUUAGGCAGCAAGAAAUGGAGGAUCGGCCCCCAAGAAAUUUCGUCGUGAAAAAUUCUCCACUAACUCUACCUUUCCACCCUGCCCCAAACAAAAAUAUCUCUCUCUACAUUCUGUUAAGAACCCAGGGCACGAAUUGGUUGCCAAAAUGAAGCUGACUGAUGGGACUCUGCGUAGUUUUAAGGUGGCGAAAGUGUUCAGGGAGAAUAGCGACCGUAUCAACAGCUUGGACUUCGCCCCAAGCGGAGAGACACUAAUAUCCAGCUCGGAUGAUGACUCUAUCGUUAUAUACGACUGUCAGGAGGGAAAGCCCAAGAGAACAUUGUACAGUAAGAAGUAUGGAGUGGAUCUCAUCAGAUUCACACAUGCAGCCAACACAGUCAUAUACAGCUCCAACAAGAUUGAUGACACCAUCAGAUACCUGUCUUUGCAUGACAACAAGUACAUCAGAUAUUUCCCAGGACAUACCAAAAAAGUGGUGGCCCUGUGCAUGUCUCCCAUUGAUGACACCUUCAUGUCAGGCUCCUUAGACAAGACAAUCAGACUGUGGGACCUGAGAUCACCUAACUGUCAGGGUUUGAUGCACGUCCCUGGCAGACCAGUGUGUAACUUUGACCCCGAGGGCCUGAUCUUCGCAGCGGGGAUCAACUCUGAGAUGAUCAAGCUAUACGAUCUACGAUCCUUUGACAAGGGUCCCUUCACCACAUUCCGGCUGCAGCAGGACAAAGACUGUGACUGGACAGGCCUGAAGUUCAGUAAUGAUGGGAAGCUCAUCCUCAUCUCCACCAACGGGACAGUCAUCCGCCUCAUCGAUGCCUUCAGCGGCACACCCCUGCAGCAGUUCAUGGGCCAUACCAACCUGAAGGGUCUCUCUAUUGAGGCAUCAUUUACACCAGAUUCUAGAUACACCAUUGUUGGUUCCCAGGAUGGUAAGAUCCAUGUGUGGAACAAUGAGAACGGCAGUAAGACUGUGGUUCUGGACGCCAAACACCCGGGGCCGGUGCAGUGUGUGCAGUUCAACCCCAAGUUCAUGAUGAUGGGAAGUGCAUGCACUAACAUGGCAUUUUGGCUGCCAAGCACUGAUGACUAAGGUGGAAACUGGUGACUUUAGGUGUUCUUGCCAAGAACUUCUCACAUAGAUACUAUUAUGUCGUCUGUCUCAUGUAAUAUGUUGUGAAACAAUAAGCUAUGUGUAACAUACUCAAGACUUUGAGGGUCAUGUUAGUAAGCCCUUGUUGUUUCAAUGAAUGUCCAUGUUGCACUCAAAUGUCUCAACUAGCCAUGUAUAAAACAGAGAACAUGUCCAGUGCUAUUGCAACAGUCUGAAAAGAAAGUCACGUAAGUCAACAAAACUUUUUUUCAAAAAAAAAAAUUGGGGCUUCUGAGUUUGUGAAUAAAAAAAGUCUUACUUGUUAACAGAUUCUACAAUUUGUGUUUUACAAACUCAGAGUAGUCAAAUAUAAAAAAAAACAAGUUUUAUGGAGAAUUUUACAACUCUGAAAAAUUAUACAGUCUGUGGUUACAAAACAUCUCAUGAUGGUUAAGGAUACACUUUGAAGCAUGUUGAACACAGUUGACAUGAUAUUAUACUAGAUGUGCAUAUUGUUCAACAAUGUAUGUCUAAACAUCGGUAAGUUGGAGCUUUCAAAACCCUGUCUCGUCAACAACUUAAUCAUGAAACCCUAGACAAUAAUAUGUAUGUGUGCUACAGCUAUUUACAAAAGAUAUGCUAUUUUAUACUAGAUGUUGAAAGACAGAUUGCACACUUAAAGUCAAGGGAGAAAGCUCAGGUGUGGCCAGAGAUUUUGUGGAAAAAUGGGGUCCAAUAGGUCAUGUUCAUAUUUUGUUUAUAACUGUAGUUAUAUGAUGUUGGCUUGAACCUUCUAUCCUUGUCACUACUAGUACAUGUAGUAAGACUUCAUAUAGGGAUGUAUGACACUGUUUUUGUUAUGGUUUUGUGGCAAGGAUCCAUUUUUCUUUUGUUUCCUAGCAAAACAUCCCUCUAACCAUUUUUAUUUAAAGAUAUGUUCUUAAUGUACUUAUUUAGUGGCUACAACAAUGUGCUUACUGGUAUGGAGCACAAGCCGUACACUCUGAAAAAGUCUGCUUAAUCUGAGUACAAUGUGCAGUUAGUUACCAGUUGAAGGACUUGACAUUGCACACAACAUUCCAAAACGUCUUCCUGCUAACUAGGACAGAUUUGUGCUCAGGACAAGAGUGGAGUUGACUUGUCAGUAGCCUGGUGUUCAGUCUAUUGUAGUUUGGGCAGGCUCCCUUCGUGCCUGUAUACAUUCCCAGCUGCCCAGUUCAACUAGGCCCCCAGGUAGGAGUUUUAUGCCGUUUCUUACUUUCAUUCUUUCUUUCUUUCUUUCCCUCUUUCUUUAUUUAACUUGCAAGGGCAAGACACUUGGAGCACUAGGCAGCCAAUGCAGCCAAUGCUGUGCUUCACACAUAACAAGCAUUACAUGCAGGCAAAAGUUUCAUGAAAUGCAUACAAAAAGCCCUGUAGGAGUUUCGCAUGGCAGGAUUUGAUUUUACAAUGUACAUGCAUCGUGGUUGGCUAGUUGAACCCGUCGUACAAAACCUACCAGGCAGUUGAGAGCGUCUACACUCUUGAAGGGAGCCUGCCCAAAGCGUGAAAUACUGAACACCAGGCUAACUUGUCUGCUGUAUAAUACAGUAGCCGUUAAAAUGCUGGAACAGUAUACCGUCCACUAAGAUUUAAGUUAUGUUUGUACCAACAUGUUGAGAUGGGUGCUAUUGUAAAUGUAAGUCUUCCCAUGUAGGAUGACAUGUGUUUCCAUAUCAACACUUGGAGAGAUUGGAUUGUGCAAAGUCGGCGGAACAAGUUUUGUUUUGUUGUUCUCCAUGGAAGUUUGAUACGUUACUGUUUUAAGACUGCUCUAUAUGGAGAUAUGUUUACAAUAUCGUUUACUGUUCUACAAGAAUCCUCAUUUAUAGGUUUUUGUAAAU